AGUUUGCAGAAGAUCAGCUGGUUUACUUAUUAUUGUAAGCAUAGCGGGAGAAACACUGCGUAUUAUUGUCAUCAUUAAGGGAGAAGCAUUGUUUUGGAUUUUACUGAAAAAAGAAGGGUAAAAAGAAAACACCUGUUUUCUUUGCAAACAAUGGCAUCGCGACUUCUGUCUCGUCGUCAUUUCGUCAUAUUUGGAAAAAAUUUGAAAUCCUAUGCCAAAGCUUUGCAACAAAAUGACUGUAGAAGCUUUUCUUCUCAAGGAAGUGGAGAUAAACGUCAUCCCCAUGCAAUUGUGCUUUUAGAAGAGAAUACUGAUGGGACAACAGUGUGGCCAGAUCCUAGUUUGGGUUUAUUAGGUCCUAAAGAUUUGAGAAUGCCAUUACCUGGUAAUGUUGGGUUUUCCCAUCGUCUUUCCCUGCAUUUGCCAUCUGUUACACUCCAAAGCAGAAAAAACACUUUACAAGAUACAGAACUGCUCAGUUCAUUAACUAACUAUGAAAGGCAGUAUCAAGUUGUAAAGCAGUCAACUCAGGAAGAGGAUGAACUUAAUUCAACAGAAAUCGAAGAAUUUUUAUUAGAUCUACCUCAGUCUUCAGAAGUUCUGGAAUGUGUAGCCCAAGAGUGCCCUAAACUUGUUAGAAAAGAUUUUGCUGACCUUUUUCCGAGUCGUGAUGUGAGCUUCGGCCCAUUGACUGUUGUUACUCUUGCCCAAAAAACCAAAAGCGACAUGAGUGAGUGGAGUGAAGUUGUGGAGUACGAAAGGGAGGAGCUCGUCGCUUGUUUCGUCGACGCUGCCAAAGAAAUUUGUGAACAAUUGCAGAACAGUGGAUAUUGGUCUGAUUUCAUAGACCCAUCUUCUGGUCGGCCGUAUUUAGGAAACUAUACGAAUGCUACGCUCUUUGAAACGGAUGAACGCUAUCGUCAUCUAGGGUUCUCCAUUGAAGAUCUCGGAUGCUGUAAAAUUAUUCGCCAUGGUACAUGGGGAACGCAUGCAUUUGUCGGUUGUAUUUUUACAAAUGCCCCUUUUGAUAGCAAUACGCUGCAAGACGCUCUUCGCAAUCAACGUAUGAAAAACUAGCACAAUCAGAGUCAGUUUGUGUAGAAAGAUAUGUAUCGGCUAACUGAUGCUGAAUGACGAUAGCACACAUUCACCUACAGAAGUAGGAUUUACCGUUUAAGAGUUGACAUCUACGUUUACCGGUUCAAUUGUUUUGUCGUCAACGUCAAGUAGCUGUAUGAUCUACGGAAAAACUGUUCUACUAUAUGAUUUCUAAUACUUCCUAAAUGUUCUGUGAAAUUCAUUUGCUGAGGGGAAAAAAGAUUGCAAAUCUC